UAAACUUAUUUCUAUUUUUUUGGUAGAUAACAUAAAUAAAGAGACUCUCUCUGCUUUAUUCAAAAACCACACGAUUCCGAUAUACUUUGUGAAUCUACUGGUACUGGGCAUCCAAUUUCUCUCCUCCCGAUAAAGCUCCCAUGGCGGAGAACCCUAAUUGCACUGUAUAUGUCGGAAAUUUGGAUGAGAGAGUAUGCGAUCGUGUACUAUAUGACAUUCUAAUUCAAGCAGGGCGUGUUGUUGACUUGUACAUUCCUCGUGACAAGGAAACUGAUAAGCCUAAAGGUUUUGCCUUCGCAAAAUAUGAGACAGAAGAGAUUGCAGACUAUGCUGUGAAGCUUUUCUCUGGUUUAGUGACACUCUACAAUAGAACAUUAAAAUUUGCAAUUUCUGGGCAAGACAAGCCCUCUAAUAACUCGCCAAUCGCAACACUGCCGGCCUUAAAUAUUCCCUCUAGACCAAGGCCUCAUCCUACACCUUAUAAUGAUAAGGAAAUUUCACCAAAUUCCGCAAGGUUAUCAACUUCAUGCUGGUUUUCACAGCACCAAACAAAUUACACACAAGUUCCAGUCCCCCCUGGUGUUUCAGUAAACCAGUCUAAUGGUUAUAGAUCACCUUAUGAUGGAUAUAGAUCACAUUAUGAUGGCAACAAUUAUGAUUACGAUCAAAGAGUAUUUGGGGCAGCUUUGGAUAGUAUAACAAGCUCUAGGUUGGGCCGAUAUGAUCCCCGUAGCCCGACCAGUUACCCUUCUUAUUGAUUUUUGAUUUUCUCUGGGUAUUGAGAAAGCUCUGACAUGUCUUCUGCUAAGUUAUGUAGGUGUAUUGGUACUUUGGAGGGUUCGUGCAAGGUGCUUUAGAUUUAGUUUUAUGUCACUUUGUUGUUCAUUGUUGUGGUAGUUUGUCUCUGGUUAUGUUUCUGAUGUCUGUACUCUUGGAACUAUAUGUUACUUUUCUUUGAUCCAACUCUAUAAUAUCUAUUCUAGUAGCCAGAAUUGCAUCCUUGUAUUUGAUAUUCUGAAAAAGGUGCAAAGAUUUGUAUCUUGCUUCCGCUAUCUUUUCUCUUUCCUUCUUCAGUUACCUCAGAGGCACACGCAACUCAGGCCCUAAAGGAUCUGUAGAGAUGGACAUAUUUAUAUAUUUCUUAUUUGCGAUAUAUGCAUUGCUUUUAAGUCUUGGAGAUUAAAGUUGCUUGCUAUUGGUGUGUGAUAGGCUCUGUGAGCUUUUGUAUGGCCAUAUACUGAUAUUGACAUAGAUGUGCGUAAGAGCAUUUCCUUUCGACAGCAGCAUUGAAGAUUUAUCUCUUGAGAUUAGGAUUUUAAAUAGCCCCUUCACGUAUGUGAUCAACUGAGUCUCUUCUCACUCAGAUUUUCUUUAGUUCAUGCAAUUACAAUCAGGUGUUCAUUAAGUGCUUUUUCUCUUGAUGUUAAUGAAUAUUGUAAAUCCUGGACAAUGAAAUGGCAUGCCUGGAUGCAGGUUUAACUUGCAAAUACUCUUAUGUGUUGAUUAUGUCUUUUUCAACUAUUUGGACGCUUCUAUUAUCUUUUUCCCAGCAUCAUGAGCGUGGACAACUAUGGACAUCAUGAGUGCAGGCAACUGGGAUCUAACAUUGGAGACACAAUAAUCAAUGAACCUUAUCUUUUAUAAUCGUAGUGUCCGAGUCAACUUGCACACACCUUGGUUGAUUUCAGGUACUAAUUCUUCGUGAGUUUAUAGUUGAUGUCGAUGAAAUCCGGUGACCAUGCAACGUCAACUACUAAAAACAAUGUCAAAACCAUGUAGUAAAAAUGGCUUCUGCAAACCGUCGGUUUAACUAAUUUUUUUGUGGAAUUUCGUAUGUGAAAUUAUUAUUUUUUACACUUUGGUCAAUUAUGUGCCAAAAGAAUAAUUAACUA